CGAGCGGCGGCGACGUUGCAGCGGACGGCGACCGCGAGAGCAGCGAGGAGGCCGACGACGUCGACAACGCCGACUUCGAGGAAUGCGAAGGGGAGUGCGAAGGCGGCGAGGAGGAGGAGGGCGGCGAACGCGACGAGGUGAUCAGUGAUUCACCUGCGUCGCCCAGCGGUAGCGAUGAUGAUCACGAUCGCUCAUCAGAGGGCGGCUCGAGUCGCGAGCCACCGACGCCACCCAUCAAGGCAAAGCAUCACCGCAAGCACGGCGCCAAGAUGGCCCCACUCGAGGACGAGCUGCGCAGCGAUGGCGACAUCGAACGCAGCAGCACCACGCGCAGAGAUAGGAAGCAUCGCAAGGACGGCGAUGCGAAGGCCGCGCGCACGGGCAAGGGCAGAAGCAUCAAGGACAAGCGCAAGGACAAGGGCACAGGCAGCAAGGCCGCGCGCCUUGAUAAGAGCAGCGCGGGCCGCGCCAAAGACACGCCCACCCGCAAGAGCAGCAAGGGCAAGGCCAAGGGCAACGCCGCUGAGAAGAAGAGA